GCAAGCAGAGCGCCGAGGACGCGGUGGCGGAGGCGUUCAACUUGUGGAGGUCGGAGUCGACGCUCACCUUUCCAAAUGCUGCGGGAGGGCGAGGCGGACAUCAUGAUCUCCUUCGAGCGGCGCUAUCAUGGGGACGAGUUCCCGUUUGAUGGACCGCACGGGGUGCUAGCGCAUGCCUACGAGCCGUCACCUGGACUCGGCGGAGACUUGCACUUUGAUGACGAAGAACAGUGGAGCGUGGGCCUCAUUGGCUACAACCUCCGUGUGGUGGCCGCUCACGAACUUGGCCAUGCACUUGGACUGCAACAUUCAAACGAGCGUGGGUCCCUCAUGAAUCCUUCGUACCACGUGCGGCUUCACCCCUACCUCUCCGAGGACGAUAAGGCAGGGAUCAAGGCUCUCUAUGGCACAGGUCCCCUUCCCCGCAGCCUGGAGGCACCACGACAACUCUCGGAGCACGACUUCACACCUCACGACGACAACACACGCCCCGACAGAUCGCACGAAAUCGCCAGCGAUGCUCCUCACGGUGCACUCCUUGACCAUACCCACCACGACGAACCCACGACCGCCAGUGACACCCCUGACGAGGCACGCGUCCUCGCGGCGAGCUGCAGCAGCAGCAGCAGCGGCGGCGCAGACUCCUCGCCACUGCCCAUGGACUCGCUUGCCGGCGCGCCCCGCCUGUGCGGUGGCAAUCUGCGUGUGGACGCCGCCUCCUUCAUCCAUCGACAGCUCUACAUCUUCCAGGGUAUUUCUGGCGAGUGUCGAGCAUCCCUGACGGGAGCGGGACUCCCUGGUCUGGUGUCGUCCCAUUGGCCCGGAGCGCCACAUCACAUCGACGCUUUGUACGCGAACGCACGGAACCACACGCUCGUGUUCUUCUCGGGUGAGCGCGUGUGGGCGAUGAGGGGCUUCGAGAUGGACACCGGGUCCCCACGGGAUCUACGUUCCCUGGGGCUGCCACCGGGGACUUUGAAAGUCGACGCCGCUGUGCCAGGACGGGACCACACGCUCCUGUUCACAGGGCGGCAGUACUGGAGCUACAACGAGGUGACCAAACGCAUGGACGAUGGGUUUCCAAGGGAGCUGCAUGAAGACUGGCCGGGGAUCCCACCAGACCUGGACGCUGCAGUCUCUAAUAACGAUCUCACGUUCUUCAUCAAGGGCCAGCAGGUGUUCCGCACGUGGACAAGUUCUCGGCGCCUGGACAAGGUUAUGAACCUCACCUCGUGGCUCGGUUGCGGUGACUGAAGCGAGCUCGCCGGUUGGCGGGGAAGGUGGGGUGGGGACAAUGGCUUCAUCAGUAACUCAUGUUCCAAGACGCGUGGGAAAUGCAGUGGUUGAAGGAACGAGGCUUGCUCAGCAUGCACACGCAGGCUUACAACAUUCACAACCACGUACACAUAUAGAUGACCCACCAUCAAUGACAGAGCAUGCAUAUGGAAUUUUAGAAUAACACGAACGACCUACGUCGUACUCUAUGGAGCUCACAAACCUUAGCCCAGCGUGCACAUGAAAGGUUACACUAACACUAACAAACCAUGGAACUCGCCAACCUUAAUCCAGCAUGCAAACGGUACAGGGUGGUAUAUAGCGACACUCGCCUUAUAAAGCAGCACGCUGCAGAUUUUUUGAAAGCUUAAUUCAGCACGCACGUGGCGUUCAUUAUAUCGACGACGACACAGGUUUUUAAAGAGGACUGCGUGACCCAGAACGCAGGCGUUUAUUAUCGAGUAGCUACGACUGCGCAUCUAGGCUGUGACAGACUAAAAAGUAAGACGCUUCGUAUGACAAAAACAUACUUUAAAGUUACUUUUAGGAGCUCUGGCCUAGCACUCGUGAUAUCACCACAGGGUGAUUCGAAAGUAGGAGGGUGAUAAUGUUACCGCGAUGCCAGUAUGCAUGAGCACUCGAUAACUCCCAUCUAAAGCCAGUCACACGAGGAUUUGAACACUCUAUCAAUUGUGGUGCAGGCCUUCUUAAACAAAUUGUCUCAUAUCCACUCAUGAGAUCACCUUUAUUUACAAGAGCUCAUUCACGGGAAGCAGUGGCGUAGUGGUUCAUGCACUAUAACACAUUCGUGCGGAGGGAGCUGGUAGGA